AUGUUUCUUGAUUUCCCUUGGUGUGUCAUAGGGUCAAUUCUUCGUUCUGAGAUGGAUUGGGGUGGUGAGCUGUCACUAGCAGCAAGUGCUCCAGCUUUCUUGCAAAGAGUGCUCUUUCCCUAUGGGUCAGAUCAGCUGGCUUGCUCUGAUAGUUUAAGGUUUGCUCUAUACACACACAGAUUUUGUAGCUCCUGCUGCUUCUAAACCUUAGGAGGCUUUCUGUGUCUGUACAGCAGUAGAAGCAAGUGCACUGACUUUGAGUGGUCAAUCUGCACCUGUGUUGAGAUAACCAGGCUUCAUACUUCACUUUCUAUGUGCUUGGAAGGCUGUGAACCUCCCUGAAUGUGGUAGCCAUUAAGCUUGGGUUCUAGGUGCAUGUACUGUGUUACAGGAGUAUGACAUCUGCGUACUGUUGGAGAGCAUCGUGCUCUCUUGUUAGAAUAUUGUGUGACUGCACUGCCUUCUUGGUGUGGAGGGUACAGGAACCAAAGCUGCUGUCAUGGUAAGUUCCAGGCAGUGGCCCCUUGUCUUGUUGAGAAGUGACUCUGGGUUCACACCUAGGCUUCUUGAAUAGUCAAAAUAAAGCUGUUGGAGGGAAUUUGUGAGUCUUUCCUUUCUGCAUCUUGCUUUGUAAAUUUUGAUAUCUUGAUGCGCCUGUGUCUUGAAAUCUUGUCUUCAUGUGCCUGUCUAAUUAAAGCACAGGCCUGAAUUGGGCAGAGCACACUAAUCAUUACUGUGUUAUGAUUACAGCCAGAGCUGUGAGAACGGAGAUGAAGCCUUGUAUUGGGGCAUUUGCAUAGUGAUUAAAACCAGAGAUGAACGCUGUGGUGCAGCCUGUCCUGCCUCCAGACAGGGGUACUCUGUUUCUUUGCUAGGUGACUUUAGAAGGCUUGACCUGAUUUUGGAUGCAGGUGUUAGAAGCUGGUCUUGCUCAAUAUAGCCCUGCCUGCCCUCCUGUCACCUGCCUAGUUCUGUCCUUCCUGAGUGUGCUCUUUGCACUCUGGGGAGUGCUGGAUGCCUUGAGAGAGGGAGCCCAGCCAUCUCUACCUUCACCUGGUGCAAUAUGAGGGAGUGACACAGAUCAAUAUGGUUAGCUCAGAAAGGAAAUACCUUUUCCACUUUUGUUUGUAUCUCACAUUGUUUCUUUUCUUCCUUCGCUUAUUUACUUCUUUGUUCCUUGCUGUGUCAGAUUUUCUGCCUAAUGUUGCCUUUCUGUUUUUUUUUUUUUUUUCCUCUGACUGCUCUCAUCUUUACUGAUACCAGUUCUCUUAAUAUGCAGCUACCAGCUUUGAAUGUGAUAAGGAGUAAACCUACUCUUUACAGCUUGGGGAGGUGCUGCCCUUGAAAAAAGUAGCUGUACAUAUUAAACCUCUUAUUGCAGGGUAUGCUCUUGCGGGACCUUGAAAUCUGAUUAUCUGCCUUGAUUUUUGUACAAGAUUACCAAUAUCCUAUUGCAAUGAGUGUCCUCCUUUCCCUGAAAGCUUGUGAGGUGCCACACUGACUGUCAGUCAGAGCUUUCCUGCUAAUCUGCGAGUCUCCUUGCUUUCCCUGCUCCAGUGAGUAUGGGAAGUGAGGAGCUUAAUCUGUUUGUAGGAUGCUAUCCCAAGGCCUCAGGCGUUUUACAGCCACUUUGUGAGAGAGUGGUAUGGUAUUAACACAUGCUUGGUGAAGAUGAGGAAACUGCUCAACUUCAGGCAGGACACUUCCUGCCACUUGGAUCCAGUGUGCCAGGAGCAUCAGCCAGCUAGUGUGAUUCCCACAGCAAUUGCAAUGGCAACUCUUGCAAGAGUGGUUACAUAUCGUGACUUUGAGAGUUUGCAUCCCUGAUGUGAACACAAGCCUCCUGUACUGACUUCAGAAUAUGCUGGUGUAGAACAUACAGUACCAAGUGUUGGCCAUGUCCUUUGAUACUCAGCAUAAAGUAGGUGAGCCACAGGAAGUGACCAAUGGAUAGGAUUCAAACAGAAAAACUUAUCUGGUGGUGCUAGCAUAAAGUUUCCUUGCAGUCUUUGUAUUAUAUUGGGCUGAGUUCUGGGACUGGUUGUUCUCAAACUCCAAACAAAGUUUGUCCCAAAUCCUCAGGGUUGAGGUGCCAGGCUAGCAGAACUCUUUAUUGCUCUGCCCUAAUCUGUUGGUAUGGCUUUCCACACUUCAAACAUAGAAGCUCUAGUAGUCCUGCCAGACUUGUCUUCUGUGGCUGGUGAGCUGGUGACAGGCAUGUUUUUAGACUAAUUUCUUUUGAGAAAAAACAUGACUUUAGAAGCAUGUGGACAAUGCUGUCUUCAGUGAAUGACUGAAAUUAUUAGCAGGAAUGCAAGUGGACUCGAAUACAGACAGCUCUCUUCUUGAGUGGCCUCUGCUGCAUGUGUUUGAGCUGGUGUUAGGAGAUGCUGUGUGUGCAAGAAGUGUGUACUGCCUGGUUACAAGCCCCUCUCUCUGGGCACAGAGCACCAGACAGAAGAGAUCGAAAUUCAGUUUUCUGUGUUUCACUGUACACUUCAGUCUUAGAGUGAUCCCACUGCAGAGUUGAUAAAAAACAGGGCUUGCAGCUUAUGGCUGGCUGGGUUCCUUUUCCCUUGUCUUGCUCUGGCUGCCUUGCUGCCUAUGUGUUGUUUGGGGCAGAUAAAGUUUCAUGUUCCUCAUCUUGCUGAAUUCACUUGUAUAUAUAAGCUCAGGAAAGCUUCUGGAGCUGUGACUGUCAGCUCUUGGUAGCGAUGUUUUGUGGUGCCAGCCUUGUAUGUGCAGUACAUACCCCUGUCUGUGCCUGGCCUGAGCCUGGCUUGAUUAGUUCCACUCUUCUACAGGGAAAUAUAGUCCAUGGGCAUGUGGGGCUGUGUGCAGGCCUUCCUGGACCCCACAGUGACUUUUUGGAGCUCCAGGCAACUGGGCAGGUUCUAUGGUGGGGAGCUGGAGGAGGGAGUUGCCUCUUUCUAAGAGGUGGUAGAGCUCAAAGCUACAUCAGGCAGCAAGCUUUGGUGCCAGCUUGUUGGUCAGGGAUGUGAGUUAGUUUCACAUCUGGCCAACUGAUUAUCUCCUGACCUUUGAGGGCUGCUACUCCCUGGGAAGCUCCACAGGGGCCAGGCCUGCUUUAGCCAGUUCAGCAAGGGCACUGUGCCAGCUCUCCCUGGGGUGGCAGUUCUGUGGCCACCUACCAGAUGGUUUUGGUGCUGCCUUUAAUUAAACUAGUGGGGAGAUGAGGGUGUUUGCUUUUGCACUUAUUACAGGACUGAUUUCUGACCUGAAUGCUGAGGAGUAGGAGUGUUCAAUGUCUGGGGCAGAGUCUGUUGCUUGCAGAUAGUUGUUGUGAGGGGAGAUGUAUACCCUGCAAGGCUGUUAAAAAAAGCUAACUGGGUUGAGCUCUGGUCUCUGUCAGUAUCAUAGUUCUAACUGCUGUGGUCUGACUGGGGCUGGUCAUAAAAGGCCUUGCUGUUGUUGCUGAAGUUGCACUAAUUAGCUGUGUAGCUUGCUGGAAAUAUGCAGUGUACACAUUGCUUGGUGUAAGCAAGUAUUUAAUCCUUGAUGUUAGUUACUGGAGCAGAUUGUGGCCUGAUACUUUAGUUUGCAAAUAGUGGGAACUUUUUCUCUGACAUGGGGAAGUGACUCCCUGUUGCUGAGAGAUAGAAGGAGGUGUGUUGCAAGGUUUCUCUGUAUCAUGCAGGGUGUGUUUGGGCCCCUAGGGUUCCUGCUCAUUUGGGAUGCUUGGGACUAUUUGUUUGGUUUCUCUUCAGCUGUUCAAGGCUCAGCUUUGGAUUCCUCAUCUCCUCCCAACUCUUUGCCUAAGAAGGUCAGUAUUUAGGAGGAGUCAGGGGAAAGUAAGUGUCCCCCAUGUGCAGAGAGGACAGAUCCAACCACUGAGCUGUGAACACCUGCAGUUGUGUGAUGUGCGGUGUAGUGUGGAGUGCAGUAAGAGCUGAUGCCUGUCUGGAUGGUGAACCCCUCUCGAAGUGCAGAGGGGUGUUGUGCACAGAGGAGAGUUCAGGUUCCUGGACAGUUGGUGCUCUGUGCUGGAAAACCCCUGCCUGCAGCUGAAAGGCUGGCAUGGAGCAGUUGUGGUUUAGGAGGCCAGUGCACUUCACAUCCCCCUGCCUAGUGAAGGUAACUCCUGGACCUGCCCUGCAACUCCCACUUUGCUGCUCAACUGUCAACACCCCAAGGCCAGUGUCUGCCCCUUGAGGGACAGAGGAGGGCAAGACAGACCUGUAUCUGCUUACUGAGCAAGGCAUACUUUGGCUUCUUUGAUGCAGGAUGAUGUAGCAUGCCAGUGUGAAUAGAUGCUAGGUCUUGCAAAGACCUGAAGACUUCACGGACUUCCCUGGAAAUGUGGUUGCUCUGUUAGUUUAAUUUGGCAGGAUGUUGUUCUGCCUAGAGAAACUGAGGAACACUUAUAGGUCUUUUCUGUUAAGGCAUGUAGCAUAACUCUACUGUUUCUGUCCUGGUAGAAGUCUUGAUCCUUGCCCAAAGCCUAUGUCCAGGACAAGUCCAAUGCCUCCCAACUUCCUUUGGCAUGUGUUUGUAGGAGUGUUGGAUGUGCUUCACAAAACAACAAUAAGAGGGACUUGUUACUCUUCACACUGCUAGGGACUUCUGUGCUAGUCCUGGUUUGAAAUGGGCUUCUCCCACCACUGGGGGGAAUAAUUGUCAUGGACCCUGAAUUGUUUUGAGCUGGGGUCCUAGUUGGCCAGUGGUACUGCAGGCUUUGGCACAGGGUCAAUGAAGUGAUCCACAGUGCAUGAGCUGAAGUGUUUUGCUGCAGUGUGAGAUGUAGCUUUGAGCUCAAAGACAGCUGAUACUCUCUUCUCAUCCUAGCCUGCCCAAAACAGGCAAGUACUCAGCAGGAUUUUUGUCUUUGCCCUGGACCUGUAGUAAGGCUGACUCAUUCACCUUGAUAAGAUAAACACAGACCUUGAAUAGUCAGGUGCCUCUGCUGGGAGCUGACUCUUGAGGGCUCCUCAAGCUAGCAAAUAAAGGUGUAGCUGGAUGUAGUGGUUGAAAGCUGAAACUAGACAGACAAGUUUGGAGCUUGCUCUUAGCCAUUAAAGCAACAUAAAGCUCAGCAGCUUUCCAGACUUGUACUUACUCUAUUUCCCACAGCUGAGUCUUGAGUAUCUCUUAAAGAUGCAGUAGUUCCUGCUUCACUUCUAGCUGACUUUUACUGCAUGUGGAGAGUGGAUUAUCCUGGCAGUGCCCAGAAUAUUACUGGCAUCACGGUGAUACUACAAGGAUACUGCCACCACCAUGGAGGGGAUUGUGAUGAUGUAUCAGGACUUCAUGAAGAAAGCAGACCCCCGCAUUGCUGAUUAUCCACUGAUGCAGUCCCCGUUCCUUGUGAUGGGCAUCCUUCUGGGAUAUGUCUACUUUGUCCUAUCCUUGGGUCCCCGGCUAAUGGCCAACAGGAAGCCUUUAAACCUGAAGAAGUUCAUGGUGCUAUACAACUUCUUUUUGGUGGGACUCUCCCUUUACAUAGUUUAUGAGUUCCUGAUGGCAGGGUGGCUUACUGGGUAUACCUGGCGAUGUGACCCUGUGGACUUCUCACAGGACCCCAAGGCCCUCAGGAUGGUCAGUGUUGCUUGGCUCUUUGUUUUCUCCAAGUUCAUUGAACUGACAGACACGGUGAUCUUUGUUCUGAGGAAGAAGAAUGAACAGGUCACAUUCCUGCACCUUUUCCACCACUCUGUUCUGCCAUGGAGCUGGUGGUGGGGAGCAAAGUUUGGUCCAGGGGGAAUGGGCUCAUUCCAUGCCAUGAUCAAUUCCAUGGUGCAUGUUGUCAUGUAUUUCUACUAUGGGCUCUCAGCAGCAGGACCUGCCUUUCAGAAGUACCUGUGGUGGAAGAAGCACAUCACAGCCAUCCAGCUGGCACAGUUUGUGAUUGUCUCCGUCCACAUCUCCCAGUAUUACUUCAUGCCCAACUGCCAAUACCAGUUCCCCAUCUUCAUUCACCUUAUCUGGAUUUAUGGGACCAUCUUCUUCAUCCUCUUCUCCAACUUUUGGUACCAGUCCUACACCAAGGGCAAACGGUUGCCCAGGGUGGCUCAACAAGCAGCCCAGCACAACGGUAGCAGCAUCCAUGAAAAUGGCACUGUCACCAAUGGCAAGGUCAAAGCCAACUAGAGGGUAAAGUGCUCCCAGAGCCAAUGAGAGCCCCGGGGCAGAGGCAGCUGGGACCUGCCCCUCCGCUCCUGGGUGCCACUAGCCAAGUCAAGUGCCUACAGACUGUUGUACCCCUGUGCCCAGUCCUGCUGUCCCCUGUCUGCAUGCUCAGCCCCUCUGCUCUGGCAGCUAUAGGCCACUUCUACUCCUGGGAGGGCUUGUGCUGUUUCUUGGUGUUGCUGAGCAGAGAGGCAGCUGCCUGCAUCACAGCUGUGGGGCUGCAGUCCCAUUCCAGUGUUUCCAAAGGAACUUUCCCCAAGUGCCUACAUCUGGCUCUUCUGCCUAGGGGCCAUUUCCUUCUGAGUAGGACCAAAAGAAGAGACUGCUUCCUGUCCUGGUGCCCUCUCCUCUUCCCUGUCUCACAAGAGCUUGUGUGGAUGAGCAGAUUCAUCCCUGGCUGCUUGUUACUGCCAGCUCAUCUGUGAGUGCUCCUGCUCUACGAUGCCUUGUGCCACUUUGUUCCAUGCCACAGUGCUGUAUGUCCCUUCUGGUCCCUCUGUGCCCAGCUUGGGAGUCCUGCCCUGGCAUAUUUGUGCCCAGGUGUCUGUGGAGAACGUAGGGGCAGUACUUAUGGGACUUAAGGGCCCAGACCUGCCCAGUACCGUGCACAUGCCCUGUGCCUAAUACAGAGCAGGGGCUGUGAAAGCCUGAAAGGCUUCCCCCACAUGGUAAGCCCAGGCUGCCUUGCCGUUCUUGUGCCUGGGCUGGGUGCUCAGUGUGUGCUUAAGCCACACUUACCUGAUCCUCUAUGGCAGCUGGUGGCUUGCUCCAGAAUGGGGGAGACCAGGCUCAGCUGAGUCUUGGACCACUUCCAUUCCUGUAAAUUCAAGACUUGAGCAAUAAGUGCCCCUAAAAUCAGCCCCUGGGCUCUCCUGCUUGGAACCAGUCCUGCUCUGGCCUAGCCUGAGCACAGUAGAGGGUGGUUUUAGUGUGCUUGGCUGUGGUACAAGAGUGAGCACCUGUUGCUUCUGUGGAUCUGACUGGGCCUGUGUGAAGAUGUGCUCUGCCUUUCAGCAGGGCAGUGCAGCAGCUCUCCUGGCCUGGUGGCUGUCACCUGCUCUGGCUGUAACCAAAACAUGCCGAUGGCCUCAAGGAUGAGGUGAAGGAGCCAGGCCCUGUCAGAUUGGGCUGCUCUUCUAUCACAAAUAAACCAACAGAAGGAGAAAUG